CGCCCCGCAUCUUGGGCUCUUUGGCCCGUGGGCCCCCACCCCGUCCUGCCGCCGGCUCCCCACUUCUCGGCGUUCACCUUCUCCCCGGUGCCUGAGCAGCUCCUCCUAGAAUACCUGGCUGGUGCUCCGCCCUUCUUCAAGACUACCUCAUCCUCACUCAGCUCCGGCUCGGAGGCUCCAGUGUGGAAGCUGACUACACGGACUCUGCCUUCUCUGUGUUCCUGCAGCCAGAAUCAUGACCUAACACCCCGAUGACCUUUCCCAGAGCCCUUGGGUGACUGGCCGGUGCACCAUGGAACUUAAAGUAUGGGUGGAUGGAGUUCAGAGGAUUGUUUGCGGGGUCACCGAAGUCACAACCUGCCAGGAAGUUGUAAUAGCCUUAGCUCAAGCAAUAGGUCGAACUGGAAGGUACACCCUUAUAGAAAAAUGGAGAGAUACCGAAAGACACUUAGCACCUCAUGAAAAUCCUAUCAUAUCCUUAAACAAGUGGGGGCAGUAUGCUAGUGAUGUGCAGCUAAUUCUCCGUCGCACGGGGCCAUCUCUCAGUGAGCGACCCACCUCAGAUAGUGUGGCUCGAAUUCCUGAAAGAACUUUAUACAGGCAGAGUUUGCCCCCUUUAGCUAAACUGAGGCCCCAGAUAGACAAAUCAAUCAAAAGGAGAGAACCUAAAAGGAAAUCAUUAACAUUUACAGGAGGUGCCAAAGGAUUAAUGGACAUUUUUGGAAAAGGUAAAGAAACCGAAUUUAAGCAAAAGGUGCUGAAUAACUGCAAAACAACAGCAGAUGAGUUGAAGAAGCUGAUCCGUUUGCAGACAGAGAAGCUUCAGUCCAUUGAGAAACAGUUGGAAUCUAAUGAAAUAGAAAUACGAUUUUGGGAGCAAAAAUUUAAUUCUAACCUUGAAGAGGAAAUUGUCCGCCUGGAGCAAAAGAUCAAAAGAAAUGAUGUAGAAAUUGAGGAGGAAGAGUUUUGGGAAAAUGAAUUACAGAUUGAACAGGAAAAUGAAAAACAGCUGAAGGAUCAACUUCAAGAAAUAAGACAGAAAAUAACAGAAUGUGAAAGCAAAUUAAAGGACUACUUGGCACAGAUUCAGACUAUGGAAAGUGGUCUCGAAGCAGAAAAGUUGCAACGGGAAGUUCAGGAGGCACAGGUCAAUGAGGAAGAGGUGAAAGGAAAGAUCGGCAAGGUUAAAGGGGAAAUCGACAUUCAAGGCCAGCAGAGCCUGAGGCUGGAAAAUGGCAUUAAGGCUGUGGAGAGAUCUCUCGGACAAGCCACCAGACGAUUACAGGACAGAGAACAAGAACUGGAACAGUUGACUAAAGAACUGCGUCAAGUCAAUCUCCAGCAAUUUAUUCAGCAGACAGGGACAAAAGUGACUGUUUUGCCAGCCGAGCCCAUUGAAAUAGAGGCCUCCCAUGCAGACAUAGAAAGGGAGACCCCAUUCCAGUCUGGGUCCCUGAAGCGACCUGGUUCAUCUCGGCAGCUCCCCAGUAAUCUUCGUAUUCUGCAGAAUCCCAUCUCAUCUGGUUUUAACCCUGAAGGCAUCUAUGUAUAACAUUAUCUGUCUUCACUGGGGCAGACCCAACACAGGUACCAAGGACAGUAGAAUUCCUUCUUUGAUUUGUGCCAAUGAUGAACAGAGGAUGUAUUUCACAAGCCACCGUAUCUUUUUCUCUCCCACAUUGCAUACCACUUGGAGCCAUACCCUGUGCACUGAUGCUAAAGAACAAAGAAACUGUGUUUUCUCUCAUCAACAGUGUUGACGUUUUUGUCCAGCAGCUGUAAUGCAAAGCCUUCAUUUUUCUUGUAGCAUUUGGAGAGCAUUAGGAAAGGAUUAUACUAUGCGUAUCCAUAAAUAAACCGUGACUUACGAGUGAAGAGACCUAUGUGACUGGCUUAGUUUAAUUUAUUCCAUGUAAUCAAUUAAUGUGUGAAUGUUGAUGUUUUAAUGUUUUUUAUUAAUACUAACCUUGUGACUUAAUGACAUUACAUAUUGUGUGAUUAUGACUGUGUGUGCAUGUUGCCAGGCUCCAUCCAUGCAUUGCUAAUUUACAACCACACGAGUGGCAGAGGGUGCUCCACCAUCAGAACGAACUCCAGAAGGACCCACUUGGGUUUAUUUUAUGAACCUAUCCUAGCCUUUGCUUUAAUUAGGUGAAAUAAUUCAGGUUUUCUUUUUAAUCUGGAACUUACUCUUUCCUGUACAUUAUUUCCAAAUAAAUGAAGAGCCACUUAAUGUAUUUUUCAUGAGGUAAAUUGUAUGUGUAAAAGAUUUUCAGUGUUUCAGAUACAAUUAAUUGGGCUGUCAGGAGAGUCGUGACACAUUUUUGCAUAGAAAAGCAUGUCAUGACUUUCCUAACAACCUAAUACUAAGCAGAAAUAAGAUUGUUGAAUGUCUAAGUAAACAGGCAAGGAGUUUCCCAGUAAGUUUUGUGUUUUGGUUUUGCCCUGCCUUAUCAUUUGCUCUCACGGUCCUCAGGAAUGACAUGGUAUGUAAGUUACAGAUGUGUGGGGACCAGUGUGGUCCACUUCAGGAAUACCACUUGAGGUGAUUAAUUUUUAAAUCACCCGCAUCAGUUGUAUGGUCUCUUAGCACAUACACCUGUGGGUAAUCACUGCUUGACCCAACACAGGUACCAAGGACAGUAGAAUUCCUUCUUUGAUUUGUGCCAGCCAUGAACAGAGGAUGUAAUUUACUCUGUACGUUAUGGACCGCUGUGAUUCUUCCAGUCACUUAGAGAGAAAGUAGAUUGGCAUUUGGUACGUUUUACUACGGGAAUAAAGUCAAAUUCAGUGUGUGUUUUUAAACUUGACUUUCACAAGACAUUAACUCGAGUCAUUUGUACAUAUUUUAUUUAUAAAACCAAAAAUGAAUCUACACCUCUUCCAUGAGUACUGACUUAACUAAGAUUCACAAGUAAUAUUUUGACAAAUGUGAUCAGACACCUCUUAGCCAUUUUGCAUUCCCUCUGAUCAAAUUUGGUACAAUAUGAUUAAGACUUUAAUAUGAAAUUUAAAGCAGUUUUUAAUUCUGAAGGAAAUACAUUCUUUGUAUUAUUUACAGCCAACAAAGUAAAAGUGGGUUAAUAUAGUAAUGCCAUGGUAACAAUUAAAAGGUAUGUCUUAUGCAUGAAGGCAACUUGGAUGUUUUAACACGUUUGACUUAUUUUUGGUUUAAUGAAUGCUGAGAAUGCUGCUUUAUUUAGUUUUCCUAUGAAAAAUGUUAAGAAUGUCUAUGGAGAUAUAUAGAAGCUUCUAGAGAACUGAAAGUAAUAAUGCAGAGUUGCCUUUUCUAGUCCAGCUAAGUGGCAGACCUCAACUGAAGAUACUAUUUUCUUUGGAAUUUUGGAGACCCUGAGUUAACCUUGCCAUUAUACUACUUUGCAAAUAACUUGAGAAGUAAAUGAUUCUUACCUAAAUAACCACAACUUGUGUACAUUUGCUCUCAAUUUAUAGUGAUGAUUUCUUAUCUACAUAUAUUUUAAAAUUAGAAUAAUUAAAAAUCAAAAUAAUUUGUAGCUUUUGUGACCGUAAUGAUUUAUGUAUGCCCACUAUGCCUUAUUUUUAAAGAGUCCCAUCCUAUACUAAGAAUCACAUUGUUGUUCAGAGAAAUUGAGACCUUAUUCACAAAGAAAAACAUUUUAUAACUCGAUCACAUUCUAUUUAAAUCAAAAUGUUAAGCUGUACAUAUAUGAAUCUUUGUAUUUAGAAAUUACAGAUGCCUUGACAUACCGUGAAACACAGUGUCAAUAUCUAACUUAAUUACUUUAAAGAAAGGCAGGCAGCAUCUUUCCAGUUUUGAAGCUACCAAAUUAUCUUCAUGGGCCUCAUUGCAAGUAGAAAUCCGAUUUCCUACGCGAGGAGAGUGUAUCAAUGUGAGCUGGAUGAGUCCACUGAGCAGCUGUACUUUUUAACCAGCUAUAUUACUUCUGGAAACACAUAUCUAAGGCAUAUUUUCUAGGUCUUUUUUUUAAAAUAGAGGAAGAACUCAUUUCCAGAGGGACUUCUCAAAAUACUUUCGUCUAUUUGUGAUCAUUUCUCUCUGUGGCAAAUACAGAGGAGCUAGGUUAAGUGCCACACCUUCGGGUACAGCUGGGGGGGAAGAGUGGACAGUAGCAUACAAAAAUACUACGUAUGACAUUUUGCACCUGCAGGAAUAUUCAGGUUCUAAACGCUAAAUUAAAUCAUAAGUUGGUGUAUUUUUUUAAAGUCAUACUGUAGUUUUUAUUGUGAUUUUCUAAAAAUAUCAAAUACAUGAAAAGAGGUUUUUCCUUACCAAGGAAUAUUUGAAAUAGUAUUGAUAUGUUUGACCUUUUGAGUAUCAGUCAUUCUCAGAGAAUGAUUAUAGUGAGUUGCCUCUGUCUUUCGUCUUGACGCACAGUGAAUUUCUUACUUGUGAGCCUUCCAUUAGUAUCAAUAAAGUUACCCAUUUAAUUUCCUCAGUCAUCAGUGAACUAAUCAUCGAUUCUUGUAGCUCAAAUUAGGCAUAAACAAGAGCUUAAACAAGACUGAGAGAGUUAAUGUAUAUAUAAAACAGUAAAAGAAACAACAGAAUGGAUGGUAUGAGAUGUGAGGGAUAGCCAGUGUGUAAGAAAAACGAAGAAGCACUUGCUUCCACGGUAUAUAUAAAAUUUACAACUGCAUUAAAAGAUCAUUUUCUUUGUGAAUAAGAGCAAAUGGUCUUUAAAGAAAAGAACUUUUCAUUUAAAGCCAUUUUGGUGAACAUCUUUCCAAGUCAGAACUGUAAUAGUCUGAGGAAAUAUUGCAGAAAAAUAACAUGCAAAAAAGCAGAAACCUCUGAUUUUCGGCGUGCAAAGAGUGUAGGCAUGUGGGCGGUUCCCGUUGUGCAUUGCCUUUGAAAAAUCGGGCCUUAAUUUAUAUGUAAAUAACCAUGCCACGUUCUACCGAAAGCUGUCUUUAUUAGUCUGUAUGUAUUCAAAUGUAGCUCGUAAGUAUUACUUUUAUCUCAUGUCCAUUUUUUUAAGCUGCAUGUUGAUAGUAUUUGCUACAGUAUUUUUAAGUUCUGGGUGAAGGCCAUCAGCUGUAUCAGAAGGACAGAACAAUCACUAUUUACUCAGUAUUGCUGCUUUCCCUUUUCAGAAUAAGCUUUCAAUGCCAGGACCGUGGUGGCCUGAAAGCUGCAGAAGCUCUUUCCAAUGCAUUUUAUAUAUUUUUAGAAACCAAAUAAAUGCAGAAAACUAUUUAGUAUACUAAUUAUAUUAAACCAGCAGAAAUAUAAAGGCAAUAAAGUAUAUACAUAUAUAUAUGGGGGGAGGGCAGAGGUUAAAAAAUAGGUUUACAGUAGCCAGACAUGGUGAUAGCCCUAAAUGUAUUUCUCAGAUUGUCUUUCUUUAUUGACCCUAGGAGGAUUUGAGUUGCUGCAGCUUUAAACAGAAAAUUGCCACGUUCACUAAUUGUGGACACAUAAAUAUGCUUUUAGUACUGCUUUGCAUAUGUACAAAUAAAAAAUCUGUACUAUGUAUUAUAUGUAAUUAUUCUUUUCUUUUGACUUUCAUUUCAAAAUGUAUAUUUUAUGAUUAUUAUCAUGAGCUGUAAAACAAAAGAUCAAUAUCUGAUAUUCUCCCAAAAAAUAAAUUUUCAAGAUUCAUUGGGGCAUUAUAA